CGCUGGCGAAUACCAAGUAAACGACUGAUACUAUUGGGAUCGAGGAGGCCAAAGCGGAGACUUCCAUAUUGUUCAUUGACCGGUAAUGAAGGAUUCCGUCAUCGCCGGCAGCGUCGACAAAACCUCAUCAUCGGCCGGCGUCGACCUCACAAAGCCGCCGUCGUGGAGCUCCGGCGGCUCCGGCAGCCAUGGGCUGGUGAAAAGAGUGACGAAAAUGAGUGCCGUGUUCGUGGGGUUCACCGUCUUGUGGGUAUUUCUGUAUAACUCUGCGUCUCCCUUCGGCUUCCCCGUCAUCUCUCAUUACCUCACCGCCGCCAUGCCCGCCGUCACCAAGGGAGAAUAUGAUCCGAAGCUAGAGAGUGUUCUGAGACGUGCGUCGAUGGGGAACAAGACAGUGAUAAUAACAACACUAAACGAUGCGUGGGCAGAACCAGGAUCGAUAUUUGAUCUGUUUCUGGAGAGCUUUCGAAUUGGGAAGCAGACGAAGAAGCUUGCGAGGCACCUGGUGGUUGUAACCUGGGACCAGAAGGCACAUGAUCGUUGCACUGCCUUGCACCCACAUUGUUAUCGCCUUGAAACUAGCGACAAUUUCACCAAUGAAGCUUUCUUCAUGACCCCAGGUUACCUCCACAUGAUGUGGAAGAGGAUUGAGUUUCUGGGCUCUGUCCUUGAGAUGGGCUACAGCUUUGUCUUCACGGAUACAGAUAUAAUGUGGUUUAGAGACCCAUUUCCUAGAUUUUACAAGGAUGCAGAUUUCCAAAUUGCUUGUGAUUACUUCCAUGGGAACCCACAAGACAUGAGGAACAUGCCAAAUGGAGGAUUCACUUAUGUGAAAUCUAACGACAGAACCAUAUGGUUCUACAAGUUCUGGUACAAUUCAAGGAAACUGUACCCUAAACUUCAUGACCAAGAUGUGCUCAACAGGAUCAAAUGGAACCCCUUCAUCUCCAGCAUGAAGCUUCAGAUCAGGUUCCUGGACACUGCUUAUUUUGGUGGCUUUUGUCAGACUAGUAAGAACCUUGAUCAGGUCUGCACCAUGCAUGCCAAUUGCUGCAUUGGCUUGGAAAACAAGAUCAAUGAUCUUAAGAUCUUGCUUGAGGAUUGGAAGAAAUAUAUGGCUUUGCCUCCUCAAGAUGAUCGUAAUUCAACAACUUCACCUCUUCCUCAUUGGACUGUUCCACAAAGUUGCAGAACAUCAUUUGAACGUGCUAGAAGAAGUAGAGGGAUUACAACUUUGCAUGUAUAAGGUUGGAGAACUUAUUCGUUGGAGUUUCAGAUUUUACAGAAAAUCUCUAAAUUAAUUAUAAGUGAACAACAAUUUGGUCAAGUUCUGGAAAUUGUGUGGCAGGGACACUGAAUUUUGCAAUUGUGAAUUUCUCCCUCCUCUCACUCUACCUUUAUUUUUUCCGUCUAAUUUUUAUACUUGAAACAUUUAGAUUUUUUAAUUAUGUUUUUUUAAUUAAUUCCUCACAUACAGUAAGCCUUACAUCUCUAUUUUAUUUCCUAAUUAUCCAAUUUCAUAACUUCUUGUAAACGAAGUUCGAUGUUGUCGUAAAUGUAGAUUUUUUUUUCUUUUGUCCCAUAUUAUAUUUUGUAUGAUUUCAAUGAAAGAA